GUUUCCUCAAGGUUUAAAGAGAGCACUUCCCUAAAAGUUCCUUACGAUGACUGUGCGGAACCGGCGGAGUUGUCUGAAGCCGAGUGUGACCGAGACCACAAUCUGUACCCGUACACCGCCAAAAACUACGGGCUCCAGAACUUUAGCGUGGACACCAUCUAUCAAUGGCCACUCCAGGGCUAGCCUACGAAGAAACCUAAACAAGAGCUCUGUGGAUGAAGAUCGAAGCUUCGUCGGACAUGAACGCCACGUAACGAAACAAUGGCCACGUGCGUCUGAACGGAGUAAACGGUCCAGCUCCCACAAUACAGACACCGACCACGUAAACUUUCAGCAUGAAACUGAACAUAAUAGCGGCAGCAACUGCUUCCACCAGUUGGAACUGAGGAACCAAAGCAGCACUCACUGCUCCCCGGAUGUGCACUUGCCGAAACCUAGACACUCACCCAUGGUGCCGUUCUCCAGUGUAGAGGCUGCUCUUUGGCCACUGAAAGUGCUGUGUUUCGUCCGGUGACACUGAACCUAUCGAGCCAGUGUUCGGCUCCACCGUCAUGAAGAUAUGUCUUCCAUUAUUCAGGGGAGCAACGUCUCCCCGCCUUGUUUCCGUUGCCUUUGUUGUUGUUUCUUGAGCGAUAGAUCUUACCAUGCCGGCGUACGGCUACCUGGACAAGACACCGCUGCAGUUGCCAGACUGCUCAGUGUAAAGAUUUAUUCUGCAGCGACCAGCAAUCGGUGAGAAAUGACUCAAAGCCGUUUCUAGGAUCGACCCAUCCUCAGAAUAUAAGUACGCACCCAAGAAUAAUUAUUUUUAUAUCAAACCCUCUGUCACUGUUACGAGCCCUAGCUCCUGGAAACCUCAAGCUGUUAGU